AUGGACGUGCCUCCCCCGUCCGGUCCGGCGGCCCCUUCUCCCGCCCUGGGCUCCUCCCCAGUCCAGCCUGAAGCUUCUCCGCCGGCUUCCCCCCGCCCCGCGGGACUCAUCCCCUCGCCCGCGGUUCCCGAGGCCCCCGCCGUGGUGCCUCCUCCCGCGUCUCCUGCUGUGGUCUUCGAUGGGGAGCGGCCUACUUCACUGCUUGUCCAGAUGGCUUCUCCUCCGCCCCCUACGGCAUUCCAGGCGCGGGUGGGGCGGGACGUGGCGCUGGCGGCCGCUUCCCCGCCUGCCUCUCCUCGCCUUCUUGUUGUCUCCCCCUCGACGAUGACUACUGCAGGGUGUGGGGGCGCCUCCGCCCUGGCUACCCCUCUGGUGGCGCCCCCUCACCCACCGCGGUCCACGGCCUACGCCAGGCGCGGCCGGUCACCGUCGACCCCGGUGACUUCCUCGCGGCGCAGUGCCCGGAUCGACACUGCUCGCCCGGUUGGCAGCCCCACCCUUCCCAUCUCGGAAUGGGCUGAGCUCCGGGCUGCGGCACGUAACCUCGAGCCAGGUACCCCGGUCAUCCCUCCUUCUUCUGCUACAUGUUCGUUCUCGGCGUUGGAGUCGGUCCCACUUGGACAUCUUGCCAAGGUCACGGCCGACUCUCAUAUUGUGUUCAGGGGGGAAGUUGCUCCCCCUUAG